AUGGCGUCGAACCAGCAAGUGAGGGCAUCGCACAUACUGAUGAAGCACCAGGGAUCCCGGCGCAAGGCCUCCUGGAAGGAUCCCGACGGUCGCAUCAUCUCCAACACCACUAAGGAAGCCGCCAUCACCCAGCUCAAAGCCCUCCGCGACGACAUCCUCUCUGGAAAGUCCAGUUUCGAUGAAGUUGCAACGCGCUUAUCUGACUGUAGCUCCGCCAAACGUGGUGGUGAUCUUGGUCCUUUCGGUCGCGGUCAAAUGCAGAAACCUUUUGAAGAUGCAACAUUUGCUUUGAAAAUUGGUGAAAUUAGUGACAUCGUGGAUACCGAUAGCGGUGUUCACAUAAUAAUGAGAACGGCUUGA